AGCUUCGUCGCAACUUAAUAUACACACUGCAAUUACUAAUUCUUUCACAAUUCUCCAAUUAAUCCUGCACGGCACGCUUCACCAAACAUCAGGCCACUUUGAGCACUCAGCCAGCAAAAUAAAGUGGGUCAACUCUCGUCAUCCAACCCGUCUUUUUCUCGAGGAAGCUUUGACAACACACCUUCGCCUUUCAUUGAGAGAUUGUCUUUGAACAAACACCGAUUUCAUCACAAUUGAUAUCGAAUCUACGCAACCAUGAAGAUUCUCAGCAAGGAAGAGGAGGAAGCCCACUACAACGAGGUCCUCAAGGGCGGCGUCAUCGGUGGCACGCUUGGUCUCGCUGUUGGCAUGGGAGGUGUCCUCGCUGCCUCCAGACGCUAUCCGGCUUUCCGCAACCUCACACUUCCCUUUAGAACGUUCCUUGUCACAUCUACCGGUACCUUCUGCGCCAUUGUCAAUGCCGACCGCUACUCCGUCAAGUACCAGCGCAGCCGUGACCCCAUGAGCACAUAUCAGGACAGCAGCAAGCGCGCCAUGGAGCUUGCCCGUGAGAACGAAUCCACCUACCAGCGCUUCCUCGACUGGGGCCGCGAGAACAGAUACAGCAUUGUCUUCACAUCAUGGCUCGCCAGUAUGGGCAUUGCCCUGGCCCUUGUCGGCCGCGCCCCCAUGAGCGCCACGCAGAAGCUGGUCCAGGCUCGUGUCUAUGCCCAGGGCUUGACCCUCGCUGUCCUCGUCAUCACGGCUGCUUUCGAGGUCAAUGAUGCCAAGAAGGGUAAUGGCAGAUGGGAGACUGUCAUGGUCGUCGACCCCAAUGACCCCGAGCAUAAGCACAUGAUUGAAAAGAGAAUUCACAAGGAGGAAUACGAAGGCCAGGACCUUUGGAUGGAUAUGGUUGAGGCUGAAGAGCGCCGUCUCGCUGAACGUGCCAAGCAAAAGAAGGAGGAGGCCGAGGCCGCCGCCGCCGACAAGGCUACCGAAGAGCCCAAUGACGAAUCCGCCAAGAAGCAAGCUUCCAAGGCGGUUGAGAAGGCGACCCCCAACACCGCUGCUCAAAAGGCUUGAUUCCUUCCCCUGCCCUCAUCGAUACCCCCUUUUAGAAUGCACUCGGCAUCUUGCGGCUCGCCAGAAUUAGGUGGACCUGUAGCACACAAAAGCAUAGACAGUCUUGGAGUUUCCUGGUCUUGGUUAUUCGUGAUAGACAUUUGAUUAUGGUUUUCUCUUUCCUAUUUUUUUUAACUUGUUGGCCACGCCAAACAUCUGUACAAUAGCAAACCAUCUCUCAAUACAAUGAUAUAAUGACAUUAACAAAUGGUAUAUGCUGGCUAACUAAUGCUCUAUUUACACUUCAAUCGUAAAGUGGCUGAUCUGGGAAUAGUAAGCAUGGACUGCCAAUUCGAGAAUCGUGACAUCUCCAAAGACCUGGUUCCCGUCAAAGCCUCCAAUCAUCAGCACUCUGCUGUCGUGCAGCACCGUGCCGUGGUAUCCUCUACCCGAUGGGGGCUGGCCGUAUACUUUGCGCUUAUCCCACGUCAUUGUAACAAGAUUGAGGAGCAGCAGGUCGUUGCAGUAAUCAUUGCCAUCGUGGCCACCAAUGACGAAGAGAUAUGAGCCCACAAUGGUGGCCGUGUGUGAAAGGCGUCUAAAGGUGACGGGAAGAUCAACCUCCUUCCAGACAUGGGUGUCGACAUCGUAUACCCAAACAUCAUCAAAGCAUUCUCCUCCAUCGGACCCUCCGUAAAUAAUCAGCUUGCUACCCACCAUAUUGGCCGUGUGGUAGCCGCGAGCUUUCGGCUCGUCCUCAUCUGCGUCUCCGGAAGGGUCAUAGACCAGCUUCCAUGACAUUCUGUUAAUAUCGCUCACAUCAAGGCGCCAUAUAUCGUUAAGAGCGCGGAUGCCGUCACCGCCGCCAAACACAUAUAUCCCGUUCUUGUAUAGGCAUGCUGUGUGCGCGCGUCGUUUCGAGGGGAAUUUGUCGCCGAGAAUCUUGGGUUUCGACCAGCGAAAGUUGAUUGUAUCGAGAACAUAAAUGUCGUUAUAGUAAGCCGGGCCAUCGCCUCCUCCAAAGACUACCAGCUUCUUACCCACGGCAGUGCAGGUCAUGGCUCUGAGCGGCGCUGGCACUUCGCCCACCACCAGCGGCACUGACCAGUAGAAGGCGUCUGCAUCCAGGACGUAUAGAGUAUUGAAGCACGCAUUCGAGUCGCAGCCGCCAAAUAUAUACACGUUCGAACCGAUCAGCGUGGUGGUAUGUGCUCGUAAGCAAGAAUGCGGCGCUCCAGAGGUGGGAGCUUUCGACCAGUACAUGCCAGACGCUGGUGCGUGUGCCACUUGAGGAGCCUUUUUGGGAUCCGGUAGAAGGGGGAAUGGCCUAUGUUCGCCGCUUGCCGAUGCUUGCUCUAUGACUGAGCUCUUUCGUGAAGCCGAGAUUGUAGCCACGGCCAUAGCUCGGUUUGUGAUGACCGACGUGGUCCGAGGCAGAGGCCUGCUACGAUUCUCCUUGUCCUCCAUGCGCUCAGGCGAUUCUGUAAGAGGCGGGGGUAUCUUUGCACCCGACGAUGUCGACGGUCGAGACGGCGGCGCCUGAGUAGCGGACUGGGAUCGGUUGCGGAUGGGAAUCUCGGCCGGCCUGCGGCGGUCUUUGGGGCUCUUGCCAGCCAGUUGGCCUGGCGUAUGGCUUCGUGGUAGCGGGACGGGGGGUUCAUCGUCUGUUUCGUCCGAGUCCUGGUAGAUGUCGGGCUUGUCGCGGGGAGAACCAAUGCGGGUUGACUUGGAUGAGACCUUUGUCUUGAUAGCGGGGGGUUUCAUAGAUGCGCGCUUCGACUUGCUCGCGUCCGCCAUGGUUGCUUAGGCAGCGGGCAUUGCCUCGAGCUGGUAUUUAGUAAUAAAAAUUAGUAGCCUCUUCUUCUAUUUGUUCGUAUUUCUGUCUUUGAAUUGAAUUUAGCCGCACGUGUUUGCAGUUGCAGCGGCAACAGCACACAGACAACAGUGGCGUUGGAUAUUGGCGGGGUUGGUUUGCGG